AUGUCCCACUACAAAUUCACCGCCAUCCCCGACAUCUUCACCAGCUUCGGCGCCGCCUGCGCCGCCGACCCGACCCUCAAGAUCACGACGCAGCCGGACCUGGCGCUGAUCGCCCGCGCCUACGAGACGGACGAUGCCGAGGACGAGAGCAACGGGACCUCGACGCAGUGGCAGCGGUUCGUAAAGUACGUCGAGGCGCUGAACGAGAAGGCGCCCGAGGGGACGUGCUACAAGGUUUUGUACUUGACGAGGCAUGGGCAGGGGGAUCAUAAUGUUAUGCACGAGAAGGUUGGGACGGAGGCUUGGGAUAGCCACUGGAGCCUCCUAGAAGGUGACGGCACCGUAUCCUGGGCCGACGCCCGCCUCACCCCCGAAGGCAUCUCCCAAGCAACCUCGCUCUCGGCCUUCUGGACCGACCUCAUCGAAAACGGCGCACCCUUCCCGCACUCGCUGUACACCUCCCCCCUGACGCGCUGCCUCCAAACCACGAAGCACAUCUGGCACCCCAUCUGCAACGCCCGCAACGCCCCCUUCAACCCGACCGUUAAGGAGCUCCUGCGCGAGCAGAUUACGGAUCAUACCUGCGAUAGGCGGAGCUCGCGAUCCUACAUUGUUGAGAACUUCCCCGAGUACCGCAUCGAGGAGAGCUUUACCGAGACGGACGAGCUGUGGCGGGCUGAUAGGUGGGAGCCUCUGCGGGAGCACGUGGAAAGGAAGCAGAAAGUGCUGGAGGAUAUCUUUGCGAAUGAUGAGGGCACAUUCCUGUCGCUGUCGGUGCACUCGUUUGCUAUCGCUGUGAUCAUGGCGGUGUGUAGGGCUGAGAUGUAUAGGGUGAAGGAGGGAACGUCAAUUGGUUUGCUGGUGAAGGCCGAAAAGGUGGAUGAGCCUCCCGUCAUUGAGGUUGGUGAGAGGUUGGUGGGUUACUAG